UUCUUAUUUAUGAUCUCUUUAAAUAUUGCUAUUGACCCAUUCUCUGUCUCCUGUCCUAGAAUUCUUAUUAGACGUUUUAAGCUUUCUUAGUCGUCCAGAUAUCUUUCAUAUUUUGCAUUGCUAUUUCUGCUAGUGUUCUUGAUGCUUUGUUUUCUUGUGUGCAUGUUUCUAGUAAGCUACUCUUCUCCUUUGAACUUAAUCUGUGUUAAUUCUUUGAAGAUAACAUAGAUUCUGGCAGAGGAGAUUACUAACUUCUGCCAGAGACCAUUGAAUCCUUUCAGUUCAGAAUCACGGUGUAUAGAAUUCUCAGCUUAUGGUGGUAGCAAUGAAGUAUUCCUAAUUUACCCUUACAAAGGGUAUGUCCCUUAGGUAUGGCUUUCAGUUGGAGUCUCCCUCUUACAUGGCUAUGGGCUUUGUCUGUUUUUGUCCUCUACCAGCAGAUCAUGAAAAUGAAUUCUCAAGAUCACCUGGUUGGGCAAAUCCCCUCAAGAUGAAAGCCAGUUUUAUUUUUCUACUCUGGGUUUCCACCUGUACUAGGAUGUUAGCCAGAAUUCCUUACUCUGAUGCUAACGGAUAAAUUCAUUUAUUAAGAUACUUGUUUUUAGUUGUUUACAGCAGGAGGAUCAAUAGGGUACUUUAUUAAUCAUUCUCCUGGAAAUGAAAGUUUAAAAUACCUCCUUUAAAGUCCUAAAAUCUUACUGUUUCAAGUGGCCUGAUUACAAUGUAAUCUAUGUAUACAGCAUUUAUAAGUUAUUAUUGUCAUUUAGCGAUUGGAUACCAAUAAUUUAUCUUUCUACCACAUGCUGCUGAAUCCCAGUGAAGAAGAUGGAUGAAUAGAUGGGAGGUGUGGAGCAGUGGUACUUCUAAAAUCGAGAAAUAAGUUCAGAGCUUCUGGAAAUCUUGUAAUCACCCGUGAGAUUGAUGUGGCAAAAAAUCAGUCCUUUUGGUUCAUCAACAAAAAAUCUACCACCCAGAAAGUAGUGGAAGAGCAAGUUGCAGCCUUAAAUAUUCAAGUGGGGAAUCUUUGCCAGUUUCUACCUCAGGACAAAGUUGGAGAAUUUGCUAAACUCAGCAAAAUUGAACUACUUGAAGCCACUGAAAAGUCCAUUGGUCCCCCAGAAAUGCACAGAUAUCACUGUGAACUAAAAAACUUCAGGGAAAAAGAAAAACAGCUUGAGACCUCAUGCAAAGAGAAAACUGAAUAUCUACAGAAAAUGGUUCAGAGGAAUGAAAGAUAUAAACAAGAUGUGGAGAGGUUCUACGAACGGAAGCGACAUUUAGAUUUGAUUGAGAUGCUUGAAGCAAAAAGGCCAUGGGUGGAAUAUGAAAAUGUUCGUCAGGAAUAUGAAGAAGUAAAACUUGUUCGUGACCGAGUGAAGGAAGAGGUCAGAAAACUUAAAGAAGGGCAGAUUCCUAUGACACGUCGAAUUGAAGAAAUGGAAAGGGAGCGUCACAAUUUGGAGGCUCGAAUCAAAGAAAAGGCAACAGAUAUUAAGGAGGCAUCUCAAAAAUGCAAACAGAAGCAAGAUGUUAUAGAAAGGAAAGAUAAACAUAUUGAAGAACUUCAGCAGGCUUUAACAGUAAAGCAAAAUGAAGAGCAUGACCGACAGAGGAGAAUAAGUAAUAUCCGCAAAAUGAUAGAGGAUUUACAAAACGAACUGAAGACCACAGAAAACUGCGAGAAUCUUCAGCCCCAAAUUGAUGCCAUUACAAAUGAUCUGAGACGGAUUCAGGACGAAAAGGCAUUAUGUGAAGGCGAGAUAAUUGAUAAGCGAAGAGAGAGGGAAACUCUAGAGAAGGAGAAAAAGAGUGUGGACGACCAUAUUGUACGUUUUGACAAUCUUAUGAAUCAGAAGGAAGAUAAGUUAAGACAGAGAUUUCGUGACACAUAUGAUGCCGUUUUAUGGCUAAGAAAUAACAGAGACAAAUUUAAACAAAGAGUCUGUGAACCCAUAAUGCUCACGAUCAAUAUGAAAGAUAAUAAAAAUGCCAAAUAUAUUGAAAAUCAUAUUCCAUCAAAUGACUUGAGAGCCUUUGUAUUUGAAAGUCAAGAAGAUAUGGAGGUUUUCCUCAAAGAGGUUCGUGACAAUAAAAAAUUAAGAGUAAAUGCUGUUAUUGCUCCCAAGAGUUCAUAUGCAGACAGAGCACCUUCAAGAUCUUUGAAUGAACUUAAACAAUACGGAUUUUUCUCUUAUUUGAGAGAGUUAUUUGAUGCACCAGAUCCUGUAAUGAGUUACCUUUGCUGUCAGUAUCAUAUUCAUGAAGUUCCUGUAGGAACUGAAAGGACCAGAGAAAGAAUUGAACGGGUAAUACAAGAAACCCGAUUAAAACAAAUUUAUACAGCAGAAGAAAAGUAUGUGGUGAAAACUUCUUUUUAUUCAAACAAAGUUAUUUCUAGUAACACAUCUCUAAAAGUAGCCCAGUUUCUCACAGUUACUGUGGACCUAGAGCAAAGAAGACACUUAGAAGAACAACUAAAGGAAAUUAAUAGAAAAUUGCAAGCAGUGGAAUCAGGGUUGAUUGCCUUACGUGAAACAAGCAAACACCUGGAGCACAAAGACAAUGAACUUAGACAAAAGAAGAAGGAGCUUCUUGAGAGAAAAACGAAGAAAAGACAACUGGAACAAAAAAUUAGUUCCAAACUAGGAAGUUUAAAGCUUAUGGAACAGGAUACUUGCAACCUUGAAGAGGAAGAGCGAAAAGCAAGUACCAAAAUCAGAGAAAUAAAUGUUCAAAAAGCAAAACUUGUUACCGAAUUAACAAACCUAAUAAAGAUUUGUACUUCUUUGCAUAUACAAAAAGUAGAUUUAAUUCUCCAAAAUACUACAGUAAUCUCUGAGAAGAACAAAUUAGAAUCCGAUUAUAUGGCUGCAUCUUCACAGCUUCGUCUUACAGAGCAACAUUUCAUUGAAUUGGAUGAAAAUAGACAAAGAUUAUUGCAGAAAUGCAAGGAACUUAUGAAGAGAGCUAGGCAAGUAUGUAACCUGGGUGCAGAGCAGACUCUUCCUCAAGAAUACCAGACACAAGUACCCACCAUUCCAAAUGGACACAACUCCUCACUCCCCAUGGUUUUCCAGGAUCUUCCAAACACUUUGGAUGAAAUUGAUGCUUUAUUAAUUGAAGAAAGAUCAAGAGCUUCCUGCUUCACGGGACUGAAUCCUACAAUUGUUCAGGAAUAUACAAAAAGAGAAGAAGAAAUAGAGCAGUUAACUGAGGAACUAAAGGGAAAGAAAGUUGAACUAGAUCAAUACAGGGAAAACAUUUCACAGGUAAAAGAAAGGUGGCUUAAUCCUUUAAAAGAGCUGGUAGAAAAAAUUAAUGAAAAAUUCAGCAAUUUUUUUAGUUCCAUGCAGUGUGCUGGUGAAGUUGAUCUCCAUGCAGAAAAUGAGGAAGAUUAUGAUAAGUAUGGAAUUCGAAUUAGAGUCAAAUUUCGCAGUAGUACUCAACUUCAUGAAUUAACUCCUCAUCAUCAAAGUGGAGGUGAAAGAAGUGUUUCUACCAUGUUAUACUUGAUGGCACUACAGGAGCUAAACAGAUGUCCAUUCAGAGUAGUUGAUGAAAUCAAUCAGGGAAUGGACCCAAUCAAUGAACGGAGAGUGUUUGAAAUGGUUGUAAAUACUGCCUGUAAAGAAAAUACAUCUCAAUACUUCUUCAUAACACCAAAGCUCCUGCAAAAUCUUCCUUAUUCUGAAAAGAUGACAGUAUUGUUUGUCUACAAUGGCCCUCAUAUGCUGGAACCAAACAGAUGGAAUUUAAAGGCUUUCCAAAGACGGCGGCGCCGUAUUACAUUCACUCAACCUUCUCAAUAAAAGUAAAGAGGAGACUUGGGAAUUUUUCUAUUAAAUUCUGUUUAUAAGUGUGGCUCAACUGAAUAAAAGUUAGGAGAUUGAUUAAAACAAAAGCAGUUAUUUUUGGAAACCUGCCUUUUUUUUUUUUUUUUUGAGACGGAGUUUUGCUGUUGUUACCCAUACUGGAGUGCAAUGGCACGAUCUCGGCUCACCGCAACCUCCGCCUUCUGGGUUCAGGCAAUUCUCCUGCCUCAGCCUCCCGAGUAGCUGGGACUACAGGCGUGUACCACCAUGCCCAGAUAAUUUUUGUAUUUUUAGUAGAGACGGGGUUUUACCUCAUUGACCAGGAUGGUCUCGAUCUGUUGACCUCGUGAUCCACCCGCCUCGGCCUCCCAAAGUGCUGGGAUUAUAGGCGUGAGCCACCACGCCCAGCCGGAAACCUGCUUUUAAAUACAAAUACGUUGAUAAUGGAAACCAUAAUGACCUUUCUAAAACAUCAUCUGGUUGUAAAAGUUAAGUCUUCUUCAAUCUUGGUUGAACUUGGGUCCUUAGCAACUCUGACCAUGAGUCAUAGAGUUCUCAUGUUAAAAGGUACUUAUUACGAAUCAAGGGUACAGUGGAAGAGGGUUUAAUCAAUCACAAGAAGUUUACUUAUAUGGUAUCCCUGAGCUUUAAUUGCAGAGUAACUUUAAUUACUUUUAGAGCCUAAAGAUGACUCUAGAGCCUAAGCUCUAGUUUCUCCCAGUGUUAUAUUUAAUUUUUAAAAAUUGAUAUGAAAAUGUCUAAUGUAUAGUAAUAAUUUAUGACAGAUCUAUUCAUUUCUUCCUAUUAAAAAGAUUACCUUAUCUCCAGUAGGAAAUGGAGUUUUAUGGGCCUUUAAAAGAAACUUUUAUGAAACUUGAUGCUAUAAUUGUAUUGGUAUUUCAAAGGGAAAGAAGCACUGGGUUUCAAGAAUGGUAGCAAGACUACUUUGAAAUGCUACAAGGUGGCCACUAGAUGAUGCAAAAUGCAACCAAAAGAUUGACAGAGAAUAAAAUCAGGUGACAAGAGUUUUUAAAGAAUAACUUUGUAAAGUGUGGGGGCAGGGUUUUUUUUUUUAUUUUAUUUAAAGUCAAUUGUAUUUUACAUCUUAAAUUUCUAAAAGCAUUUUUAUAAUUAUUUUUAGUAAGAUUUUUCUUAAGAUUUCAUAUACUGGUUUCUACAAUUUAUAUUUGAAAUUUCUUAGUGUUAUGUAAAGAGUGAGAGGUAAAAGCAUUGAUUUCUUUAAAAUCAUAAAUGUUUUUAGAACUUAAGCCUAUAGGGCCUUUCUUACAUUGUUGAUACACCCAUUAUCUUAGAAAAUCUAGUUUAAACUGUUUUCUUUCAGUGCAAAAGAAUUAAAUGGGAAAAUCAUUUGUUUAUCUCUAAGUUAUGCUAAUUAAUAGAGCCAAACAAAUUCUCUUCUUUUAAAAAAUAAAUUUUGUAAGAAAAUGGACAGUCCAAGGUCAUGUCUUUGAACAGUGGAUUGGACUGUGCCAGUAAUGACAAUUUUUUUUUGGCUUGCUUGCCUGAAUAAAUUGAAGAAUUGCAUUCACUUUGAGUUUUGCACAUUGUUAAGUAGCCAUUUUAGUUUAUAGUCUUAUUAGGUCAAAAAAUAAUGAACCAUAAGUUUAUGUCCUCUCAUUUAGACAUUUUUUUUUUAAAAAGGUAUUGUCUUCUUUAUAAAAUGUUAAGAGCCUUCCCAUCUUAAACUAACUCCAAUGCAUGAAGUACGAAAAUUUUUUUAAAUAUUUUUUUUUUUACUUUUUCUUUUUGCCACAGAAAGAAUAUAACCUAGGAUAAAAUGACAUUUUUACUAAUUUGAGCAAGUCAUGUAAACAUUGAAGAACUUGGUAACAUAUUAGUAAAUGGAUAUUACCAAAUGCUUUUGUUAAUUACUUUGUUUUCCACGAAAAUACUUUUACUAAAAUGUGCUUGGUGUAGUUUAUUGUCUUAAUUACUACCAGUCAUCUUAUUUCUGCAAAAUGAGCAUCAAUGUGAAAAAGAAGUGUGAAGAGUAAGCAUGUUUGAAAAUCAAAUGGUCAAUUACAUUUCAGUUUGCAUAGGCCAGCAAUUAUUCCAUAUUUUGUUUGUAAACAUUUAAUUUCUCUACUGGACAAAAUUAAUAUUGGUUUUAUGUUGAAUUUUGAGCUGUGAAGAAUAAAUUAUGUAGCACAUAGUCUCAGCCACUUAAAACUUUAUUUUCUGCUAAAGUUGAUUUUUAAUUACAUAAAAAUUGUAAAAACUUCUAGUAAAAACUCGAUUUGGUGAAUACAAUGAUAUUUAAAACCUUAAGGUGACAAGCAUUUUGGAUGCCAAAUUGUCAUUGUUUUGCCUGGGAAGAGUCUCUGUUAAAAGGAUUUUCAUACUCAAAGUAAAAGGAAAGAUUUCUUACUGUUUUCUAAUUGUCUUUUGGACACACGCUUGUUUUCUUUGGGGCAUAAACCUUUAGAUGUGAAAAAUGUAAUUUCAUUCUGCUGUUGUGUGUGCGUGUGUGUAUGUAAUUGAAAAAAACUGUGGGAAAUUCUGUUUUGUUGGUAAUAAAUCAAUAUUUUCAUAUUC